GAGCCGGGGAGAUGUCCGCCCCGUACGGCAGCCUCAUGCGGUACCUGUUCCCAGCCCUGCUGCUGCACGGGCUGGGAGAAGGUUCUGCUCUUCUUCACCCGGACAGCAGGUCCCACCCUCGGUCCUUGGAGAAGAGUGCCUGGAGGGCUUUCAAGGAGUCACAGUGCCAUCAUAUGCUGAAACACCUUCACAAUGGAGCCCGGAUCACUGUACAGAUGCCUCCCAAUAUUGAGGGCCACUGGGUCUCUACUGGCUGUGAAGUCAGAGCAGGCCCAGAGUUCAUCACAAGAUCUUACAGGUUCUACCACAACAGCACAUUCAAGGCCUAUCAGUUCUAUUACGGUGGCAAUCGCUGCACAAACCCCAUCUACACCUUAGUCAUACGUGGCAAAAUUCGUCUCCGACAGGCGUCCUGGAUCAUCCGGGGGGGCACUGAGGCCGACUAUCAGCUCCGCAACAUACAGAUCAUAUGCCACAACGAAGCAGUAGCCAAAAAAUUAAGUGAGUUGGUGAACCAGACGUGUCCUGGAUUUAUCCCAGAAGAUAGUCCCUGGGAGCAGGAUGUGAGCUAUGAUUUGCUGAGAGAGGAGAACGGCUGUGAAUGCACCAAAGCUCUGAAUUUUGCCAUGCACGAGCUCCAGCUGAUCCGUGUGGAGAAGCAGUACCUGCACCACAACUUAGACCACCUCGUGGAGGAACUAUUCCUUGGAGACAUUCACACUGAUGCUACUCAGAGGAGGUACUAUCGGCCCUCUAGUUACCAACCUCCUCUUCAAAAUGCCAAGAACCACGACCGCACGUGCAUCGCGUGCAGAAUCAUCUACCGCUCGGACGAGCACCACCCACCCAUCCUGCCCCCCAAGGCAGACCUGACCAUCGGGCUGCACGGAGAGUGGGUGAGCCAGCGCUGUGAGGUGCGGCCAGAGGUGCUCUUCCUGACUCGGCACUUCAUCUUCCACGACAACAACAACACUUGGGAGGGCCACUACUACCACUACUCUGACCCCAUCUGCAAACACCCCACCUUCACCAUCUAUGCCAAGGGACGCUACAGCCGGGGAGUCCACUCGUCCAAAGUCAUGGGUGGCACGGAGUUUGUGUUCAAAGUGAAUCACAUGAAGGUCACUCCCAUGGAUAUAUCCACAGCCUCGCUGCUCAACGUCUUCAAUGGGAAUGAGUGUGGAGCACAGGGAUCCUGGCAGGUUGGGGUUCAGCAGGAUGUCACCCAUACGAACGGCUGCAUCGCACUCGGCAUCCGCCUACCUCACACCGAGUAUGAAAUCUUCAAGAUGGAGCAGGAUGCCCGGGGCAGGUACCUGCUGUACAAUGGACAGAGACCGAGCGACGGCUCCAGCCCUGACCGACCCGAGAAAAGAGCCACUUCCUACCAGAUGCCUUUAAUUCAGUGUGCCUCAUCAGUACCCAGAUCCGAAGAGUCACCAGAGGAGAAUAAAAUCAGGCUGUAUAGCAGCAGGGCUCCGGAAAAAUAUCCCAGCACCCCAGCUCUUGCUUUGUUGUUUAUUUGUACUGUGUCAUAUUGGGACAUUCUCAGCUAGAAGCAAGGAAAACUUACUUUUCAUGACUACAAAGCCAGGAUUCCACCAGACUGGGGGUUGUUUUUCUUCAGACAGAAAAGGACAUUUAUUUUCUUGAUGCACUUGAAUGCCUGAGAACUGUUGUUCUUUUCCUUACUUCCCUCUUCCUCCUCGAAUCCCGAACGGCACUCGUUUGAUGUUUGUGCUUUGAACUUCAUCCAGUCUGAUCCCUGGCCUGACACGACUGCACAAAAGUAAUUGCACUUUAGGACUGCAGACUUCUGGGGGGAGGGAGGGGGUCUCCUUUUAUUAUUUUUUUUUUUUAUUUUUUUUUAAACUGCUAGGAUGAACUUUAUGAUCCUGCUUCAGUCAUCUCUGCCAUCUCACUGUUGUGGUACUCUUAUCCCAAACACUCAGUUUCUCAUCAGAAUUUAGCUCUGGGGAAGGGCUCGGUGUUGUGCCAGUACUGUAAUAGCAGCUUCCCCCUCUGACUUCACAGCUCUGAUGUAGAUAUGUAUAUAAGGAGGAAAUCCACAAAGAUUUAUCUUGCCAUUAUCUAGCGGCUCAUAAUACAGAAAGAAUCAGCAAAUCAACAGCCCUCUGUUCAAAAAGUGCUAAAUGAUUGAUACCCCUAAUUAAAAUUAAAAAAAUACUCCAAGUAAUUUAA